AGCAGCAGCACCACCACCGCCCCCGCCAUCUCCACGGUUUCCUCUGCAACGGUGAAGCUCUUCGCCGACGCACACAUUCCCUCGACGACACCAAUUUUUAUUCGAGUUUUUCAAAUCGUCGUCGCACAACCAUGCAGGCCCCAGUAGUGGUAAUGAACACCGGCGCCGGUGAACGGCAGACAGGUCGCAAGGCCCAGAUGUCCAACAUCGCGGCUGCCAAGACCGUCGCCGACAUUAUUCGAUCUUGCUUGGGUCCCAAGGCUAUGUUGAAGAUGCUCCUCGACCCCAUGGGCGGUAUCGUCCUCACCAACGACGGCCACGCCAUCCUCAGAGAGAUCGAGGUCUCGCACCCUGCAGCAAAGAGCAUGAUCGAGCUCAGCCGGACACAAGACGAAGAGGUUGGCGACGGCACAACAACGGUCAUUAUUCUGGCUGGCGAGAUGCUUGCGCAGUCACUUCCCCAGCUCGAGCGUAACAUUCACCCGGUCCAGAUCAUUGCUGCCUUCCGCCGCGCGCUGAAGGACGCCCUCGAGAUCGUCGACGACAUCUCCCUCCCCAUCGACGUCAACGACGACAAGGCCAUGCGCGGCCUCAUCUCCUCCUCCAUCGGCACCAAGUUCGUCUCGAGAUGGUCCGACCUGAUGUGCGACCUUGCUCUCCGCGCCGUCCGCACCGUCACCUGGGAGGCCGGCAACGGAAAGACCGAGGUUGACAUCAAGAGAUACGCACGUGUGGAGAAGGUGCCAGGCGGUGAGAUCGAGGACAGCAGAGUGCUGGACGGAGUCAUGCUCAACAAGGACAUCACUCACCCCAAGAUGCGCCGGAGAAUAGAAAACCCCAGAAUCGUCCUCCUCGACUGCCCCUUGGAGUACAAGAAGGGCGAGUCGCAGACCAAUAUCGAGAUUUCCAAGGAGGAGGACUGGAACCGUAUCCUGCAGAUCGAGGAGGAGCAGGUCAAGGCAAUGUGCGAGGGCAUCAUCGCCCUCAAGCCCGAUCUGGUCAUCACCGAGAAGGGCGUCUCAGAUCUCGCCCAGCAUUACUUCAUGAAGGCUAACAUCACCGCCCUCCGCCGCGUUCGCAAGACGGACAACAACAGAAUAGCAAGAGCGACGGGCGCCACCAUUGUCAACCGCGUCGAUGAUAUCCAGGACUCCGAUGUCGGCACGCUCUGCGGCCUGUUCGAGAUUGAGAAGAUUGGCGACGAGUACUUCACCUUCCUCACCGGAUGCAAGAACCCCAAGGCCUGCACAGUGCUCCUCCGCGGCCCGUCGAAGGACGUGCUCAACGAGAUUGAGCGUAACCUGCAGGAUGCCAUGGGUGUUGCCCGCAACGUCAUGUUCAACCCCAGACUCUCCCCCGGUGGUGGCGCUACGGAGAUGGCCGUCUCUGUGCGGUUGAGCCAGCUCGCAAAGGGCGUCGAGGGUGUCCAGCAAUGGCCGUACAAGGCCGUUGCCGACGCGCUUGAGGUCAUCCCCCGCACCUUGGUCCAGAACGCCGGUGCCAGCCCCGUCAGAGUACUGACGGACCUGCGCGCCAAGCAUGCAGAGGGCAAGCACUCGUGGGGUAUCAACGGUGACUCUGGUGUUGUCGCCGACAUGAAGGAGUACGGUGUGUGGGAGCCUGAGGCUAUCAAGUUGCAGAGUAUCAAGACGGCAAUUGAGUCCGCUUGCUUGCUCCUCAGAGUAGACGAUAUCUGCAGCGCAAGAAAGGCGGCGCAAAUGGGUAACGGCCUGCACGGAGGUGGCGACGAAUAAGAUGCCUGUUGACGUUAGUCGGAUUUGGUACUUUCUUCAUGGCGAAGCAGAGAGAGGUUGUUGCAAUGAGACGCGAUGAAGAUGAAAAAAAAAGGUCAUACCCCUGUGUGGAUGCAUAGAUAUGGGAUUAGAAAUUACCUAGACGACUGAAGUUCUCAGGACAUCUCCAAAGGACAAAAAAGC